AUGUCAUUUGUCUAUGUCUUUGAAGAUGAUUUCUUUUGGAACAAUUAUUCCUAUGAUUACAACGAAUCCAGAGAAUCAUUCUCUCCAGAUCCAGAUACCUUAGAAUGUGGAUAUGAAUCUUUGGAACCUACAGCAGUUGUGAUCCUGUGCGUCAUCUUCACAGUCAUCUCUGUAUUGGCCAUAUUCGGAAACCUGCUGGUAGGAUGGGUGAUCAGAACCAGCCAAGAAAUUUUGGCUCCAUCAGAUGUGUACCUGUUCCAACUGACCAUAGCAGAUGGACUGCUGGCUUUAACGCUUCAGUUCUGUGUUGCAGCACUAACUCGAGGAUGGCUCUUAGGAGACUUCCUUUGCCAACUCCUCCACAUCGUCAUGGAUGCGAACUUCUACACCAGCAUCAUCUUCCUCACCUGCAUUAGCAUCGAUCGUUACCUUGUGAUUGUGCGCGCCAGGGAGACACUGAAGAGUCACCAAAAGAUGUGCAGCAGGAUCCUCUGCACAGUGGUGUGGGUUCUCGGUUGUGCCCUUGCUCUGCCUACUCUUUCCAUUCGCUUUGACAUCUCUACCGCAUGGAGGCUCGCGAUUCAGGGGUUCAUUCGUGUUUUUGGCUUUUUGGUCCCUGCGAUUGUCAUGAUCUCCUGCUACAGCAUCACUGUUUCACGGCUGCUGCUCACUCACGGUUUCCAGAGGCACCGAGCCAUGCGGGUGAUCGUAACCAUCGUGGUUGCGUUUCUGCUCCUCUGGACACCAUACCAGAUAACCAUGGUGAUAGACAUACUGCUGAGGGCUGAUUUGGUACAGCAUGACUGUGACACGAGGAGGUCGUUAAACACAGCCUUGGUUGCAACCCACUGCCUGGCUCUGCUGCACAGCUGCAUCAACCCAUUCCUCUAUGUCGCUGCAGAAAAAAAGCUCAGGAAGAAGAUGAAGCUGCUUUUUUAGAGAAAAGACAGACGGGAAAGUAUGUGACGCUCAAAAUUCAGGAGGUCAACAUGUCAGUAG